UUUCCUUCCGUUCGAAACACGUGAAAAUAAAUAUUUAUUAUCUGUUGAAAUUUUUAUCAACAUAUAAGGUACUUGCGGAUCAUUUUUCUAUUAUUUAUUCGUUUACUGUAAAAAUAUUAAUUAUUUUAACGAAUAAAUAGUUUAUAUAUGAUUCUGUAAGCAUAAUUAGAAAUAGUUGUCAAAGAAACGUAUAGUAUGCCUCCCAAAAAAAGAAAUUAUUCGGAAUGUGAUCAUCCAUCUAAAAACUCAAAUUCAAAAAAAUUGAAGUUAUCAAUAUCUGAUAAUAAGAAUAUUCUUGAUGACGUUAAGUCAUGUGAAAAUUUAACAGAAAUUCCAAAUAGUACAGAGAAUAAUAAUGCUUCAUCAACAUUGUCAUCUGUGCAAUUACCAGUUUCUGAAAAACUAUUAUUAAUUGAACAAGAACUAUGUCAAAAACUACAAACUAUAAGUUUCCCUUCAAGCGUUGCAUAUGUUUAUAAUCCAAUCAUCUAUGCAUUUGAAGUACAUGCAAUGUACGUUCAAACCUAUUGUAAUGGACCUAAAAAGAUUUUAUUUCUUGGAAUGAAUCCUGGUCCAUGGGGUAUGUCACAAACAGGUGUACCAUUUGGUGAAAUAAGUAUGGUUCGUGACUGGUUAAAACUUCAUGGUUUUAUUGGAAAACCUCCUCGAGAACAGCCAGAUAGAAAAGUAACAGGGUUUGAUUGUAAACGUAGUGAAAUUAGUGGUAAAAGACUUUGGGGUCUUUUUAAAGAAAUGUGUGGAUCUCCACAAAAUUUGUUUAAAGAUUCUUAUAUACAUAAUUAUUGUCCUAUUGCUCUAAUGGAUCAUAAAGGCCGAAACAUCACACCUGCAGAAUUAAAGGGUGAAGAACAAAAAUUAAUACAUGAAUUGUGUGAUCAGGCAUUAUCUAAAAUUAUUCAAUUGCUGGGUGUAAAGAUUAUAGUCGGUAUAGGAAGAUUUGCAGAAAAAAGAGCACAGACUGUAGUCAAUGCAAAUAAUUUAUCUGUACAGGUUUUAUGGAUUACUCAUCCUAGUCCAAGAUCUGUAGGAAAUCAAAACUGGGAUCAGAAAACUAAACAAAGGUUACACGACCUUGGAUUAGCAGAAUAUUUUAGUAAUUAAACAAUUGUGUUAUUACAAUAAGUACAAAGGA